UAUGCAACAGUUUCUCUCAAGAUCAUACAAUCUCAUCUUCAUCCACCCAAAAAAAUGAACUCAAGAGACGCCGGAGAAACUGAUCAAAGCAAGUACAAAGGUAUCCGUCGUCGGAAAUGGGGAAAAUGGGUAUCAGAGAUUCGUGUUCCGGGAACUCGUCAACGUCUUUGGUUAGGCUCUUUCUCCACCGCCGAAGGCGCUGCCGUAGCCCACGACGUCGCUUUUUACUGCUUGCACCGACCAUCUUCCCUCGACGAUGAAGCUUUUAACUUCCCUCAUUUGCUCCCAACCUCCCUCCCCUCCAACACAUCUCCUAAGUCCAUCCAAAAAGCAGCUUCCGACGCUGGCAUGGCCGUCGACGCCGGAUUCAACCUAAACAACGACUCUGCUGUGUCUAGGAGUGGUGGUUGUGAAGAUAGAUCUUCCAUGGCGAAUAUGGAAGAGGACAACGAACUUAGUAUUUCCGUGAGUUUGAGUGGUGGUUUGUUUGUAAUGGGUUGUAUUUGUGCCACCGCCCGUUCACCAAGCGCCGCCGUUACCGAUAAAGAUCUAUUAGAUUCCAGCAAAUCCAUCCUUCAACUUAUCCCUCACCAUCCUCCGUCGUCUUCGUCUUCAUCCAAAAAGGAAGGAACUUUCACACGUACGACUUCUUCAGCUUCCAUCACCAUUGUGGCUAAUGGUUAUCCUGUGGCGCGCCGUCCCUCCACGUCAUCUGAUCGAAACAGCAUCAAACCGGUGGUUGUUGUGGGGGCUCCGACUAGGAACCCUACCAGAAGAGUCACCGCUAUACCGGUUGCGCAGCCAACGCAGCAGCAGCCAGGACGUGUGAUCAGCAAUAAACCGGAACUCACCGGCGCAGAAUGGCCGUCUUGGUUGGCUUCUGUUGCCGGAGAAGCCAUUAAAGGAUGGGUUCCUCGCUGCGCAGAGUCCUUUGAGAAGUUAGACAAAAUUGGACAGGGGACUUACAGCAGCGUAUACAAAGCUAGAGACCUUGAAACGGGGAAGAUUGUGGCGAUGAAGAAAGUUCGACAAAGGACAGAAGGUAAUAAGAGAAGAGGGGGAGAAACUGUGACAAGAGGACGGCCAAAGGAUCUCAAAACAGCCCAGACACCUGAGUUCAUGGCCGCAGGGCAGUCCAAAGUCACAUGCAUCAGCCAUAAGUUCAAAACAGACGAGGAAGGUGGCACCGGGUUUAGGAUUGAACCACCAAGAAGAGGGAUCCAGCAGAAUGGUAAAGCUCAUGCUUCUUCAAUGGUUCACCCAACUGUGGCUGAUACAGAGUGGAACAGAGGUGGAAGCAUCAGAAGACAAACUAAUGCAGAGCUGAAGUCUAGGAUAAUAUCUCAAACAGGAGACUUGUCUGGUGAAUCUUAUAGGAGAGAUUCCAACAGAGAUUACUCAACUGGCAAUGCACCAAGGAAAAACAGAAUCAAUUACUCAGGACCAUUGAUGCCUCCUGGUGGAAAUCUUGAAGAUUUGCUUAAAGAGCAUGAGAAGCAGAUCCAACAAGCUGUCCGCAAAGCCCGUGUGGAAAAGUCUGCAUCAAGGAAAAACCAAGCUUUAACAGGACAACAACAGCAGCAACGAUACACAGGAAGAAAUGCUCGAAAACACAAGACAAGAAUGACAUACCACGUACCUCCUCCAGCGAAUGAUGAGGAGAACAAAGGAAGAUCAACAGACAACAACAAUCACCGUCAAAUGGAUUACAACGAUUGGUUACCAGUCACAGCGUCUAGAGAGGCCAAAUGGUAUUACUCCGCCUUCCAUAAUGUCACGGCCAUGGUUGGUGCCGGAGUUCUUGGUCUCCCUUUCGCCAUGUCACAACUUGGCUGGGGACCUGGACUUGUUGCGAUAAUAAUGUCAUGGGCUAUAACGUUCUACUCGUUGUGGCAAAUGGUGGAGUUGCAUGAAGCCGUUCCCGGGAAACGGUUGGACCGUUACCCCGAGCUAGGCCAAGAAGCGUUCGGACCAAAACUAGGUUACUGGAUCGUCAUGCCGCAACAGCUUAUGGUCCAAAUCGCUUCCGACAUAGUCUACAACGUGACAGGAGGCAAAUCGCUUAAGAAAUUCGUCGAGCUUCUCUUUCCGAAUCUCGAACAUAUCCGUCAGACUUAUUACAUCCUCGGGUUCGCGGCGCUCCAGCUUGUCCUCUCUCAAUCUCCUGAUUUCAACUCGAUCAAGAUCGUCUCUCUCCUCGCCGCCCUCAUGUCUUUCCUUUACUCAAUGAUAGCUUCGGUAGCGUCAAUAGCGAAAGGAACGCAUCACCGUCCUUCACAUUAUGGAGUCAGGGGAGACACAGUGGCCUCAAUGGUCUUUGAUGCAUUUAACGGCAUUGGAACCAUAGCGUUUGCGUUUGCAGGACACAGUGUGGUUCUUGAGAUCCAAGCUACUAUUCCUUCAACACCUGAAGUUCCUUCCAAGAAACCAAUGUGGAAAGGAGUUGUCGUAGCUUACAUAAUCGUCAUCAUUUGUUACCUUUUUGUGGCUAUCUCCGGUUUUUGGGCUUUUGGUGAUCUUGUUGAGGAUGAUGUUCUCAUUUCCUUAGAGAGACCAGCUUGGCUUAUAGCUGCUGCUAAUUUCAUGGUCUUUAUCCAUGUCAUUGGAAGUUAUCAGGUUUUUGCGAUGAUCGUUUUUGACACAAUCGAGUCGUAUCUUGUGAAAACACUGAAAUUCGCUCCUUCAACAACACUGCGUCUAGUCGCACGUAGUACAUAUGUUGCAUUGAUAUGUCUUGUAGCAGUUUGUAUCCCCUUUUUCGGAGGUCUUUUAGGGUUCUUCGGUGGUCUUGUCUUCUCAUCAACCUCGUACUUCUUGCCUUGCAUUAUAUGGAUGGUCAUGAAGCGACCAAAAAGAUAUAGCGUCCAUUGGUGGUGCUCAAUUAUAUCAAUAGUCACUGGAAUCUUGAUAGCAAUUCUUGCGCCCAUUGGAGGAAUGAGACACAUUAUUCUUUCAGCAAGAACUUACAAGCUCUUCUCAUAGGCUUUAAAUAAAAAGCCUUGAAACCAAACAUCACAACAAACUUAUAAAAGUUUUUUAACUUA